AUGGAAUCGGAUGCGGGUGUGGUGCAAGUAACCAACUUCCGGGGCGGCUUCACCGGAGAGGAUGAUUUGAACAACGGUGAACGUCAGCAGGAUGAGGCAAUCGACUUAAAGCUCAUUUUCAAAGAAUUUGUUGAACGGUUUCGUGUCCAUAACGACCAUUUAUACAUGGCUAUGCUUCGAGGUAACCUUGCAGCAGGGCUUUUUUUUAUGGAAGUGGAAAUGUCACAUAUACAACAAUUUAGCAGUGCUGUAUUUAACGCAAUUCUUUCAACGCCUACACGUGCACUACCAUUAUUUGAGCAUGCUGUUUGGGAGCUAGCGCAGGAACACAAGCUACUACCACCGCUAAGUCGUCGCAGUAGUAUACAGCUUCAACUGUAUUGGGGGGUACCACCCACUCCGCUACGCCUACUUGCUCAAGCCUCUGUUGCUCGUUUGGUAUGUGUAAGCGGCAUUGUUGUUAAGGUAAGUGCCUGUCAUGCCCGAUGUGUACGUGCCGCUAUCCAGUGCACGAGUUGUAGCAGUAAAACAUACAUCAAUGGUGGGAGAAGCGUCGACUUACCUCCGCAUUGCUUAGAGAAUGGUGGUCGUGGGACGGCGACCGGCGGCGCAGGGUUUGGAGGCGGAGUUGGACAGCGUAAAUGUAGACCAAACCCGUACACACUGCUCCCUAUGGAGUGUGAAUACGAGGACCAGCAGAUCAUAAAAGUGCAAGAACUUCCGGAAGAUGUCCCAACUGGUGAGUUGCCACGUCACGUAACGGUUGUUGUGGACCGGUACUUGGUUGACCGUGUGAGUCCAGGGUCUCGGGUGCAGAUUGCUGGCAUUGUCUCCGUGCAGGAGAAGCGCGGGGGUGUGGAAGGAGGUGGUAGAAAGGGAAGUAAAGGGACACGUGCCGCUGCGGGACUUCGUGCUCAAUACCUUCGGUGCGUCGGUCUCAUGUUCAUCACUGCGAAGGACGGUGGAGCUUCCGUUCAAAGCGUCAAUCAGAACUUUUCCUCUCGGGUCCGCUCUCAGUCGCGAAUGGCGUGGCAGGUGGAGGAAGAAGCAGCAUUUCAACGCUUCGCAGAGCAGGGUGAUGUGUACGAGCGACUUGCACAAAGCAUAGAUCCCGCUAUCUUUGGUUUGCAAGACCAGAAGAAGGCGAUUGUUUGCCUUUUGUUUGGUGGUACGAGGAAACGACAGGGUAGUAAUUAUUUACGUGGUGAUAUGAAUGUGCUCUUUAUCGGGGAUCCUUCCACAGCGAAGUCGCAACUACUCAAGUUCACAGAAAAAGUAGCCCCGAUUGGUAUAUAUACAUCCGGUAAGGGAAGUAGUGCAGCUGGUCUAACAGCAUCUGUCAUAUCUAGUGGAAAUGGUGACUUUGUGCUCGAAGCAGGUUCGAUGGUGCUUGCGGAUGGGGGUGUCGUUUGCAUUGAUGAGUUUGACAAAAUGAGGGAGCAGGACCAAGUGGCGAUCCAUGAGGCUAUGGAACAGCAGACUAUAUCCAUUGCUAAGGCUAACCUCACGACGAUGCUUAACAGCAGGACGAGCGUAUUAGCAGCUGCCAAUCCAACGUUGGGUAGUUACGAUCCGCUUCGAUCAAAUGAAGACCAAAUGGACUUUCAGAGUUCCAUCCUUUCUCGCUUUGACCUCAUUUUCAAGGUAAUUGACCCACGUAACCCCGAAGUUGAUAAUAAACUCGCGCAGCACGUGAUCAAUCUACAUAAAGGGGGUAGUGCUCGUCAUUCACAUAGUACGACAACAGCAGUUGUUGAACGUUCUUUCUUCACAAAAUAUAUCUCAUACGCCAGAGCUACUCGUCAUCCCCGUAUUUCAGAGGACGCCAUGUCUGUGCUGCUAGACUUUUACGUUCAUGUUCGUCGUGAGGCACAUCAGCAAACCCUCGAUGCAUUGUCCAACUCCGGUGGGACGAAGGCUCAGACUCCUAUCAUUCAAGUAACUGCGCGCCAGCUGGAGAGUCUUGUGCGAAUAACGGAGUCCAUGGCUCGCAUGCGUCUCGAUGUACUCGCCCACCGCGCAGAUGCGGAAGAAGCUAUACGACUCUUUAAGUCAGCGACGGUGGAUGCAAUCAAGAGUGGUGUGAGUGAUCAAAGUAUGACCGCUGCUCAAAGUGAAUUAGUUCUCCGUAUUGAGGAUGCGUUGCGAAGGCGGGUAGCACUCGGCGCAACGGUGGAACAUAGCCGACUAAUGUCGGAGAUGGCUCGCGUCGGUUUCGAUGUGAAGCUUGUGGAGCGUGCCAUCUAUGCAAUGAUGAAGCGCGAAGAAUUGGAGUGGCGGAGGCAGCGCACCCAAAUUCAUCGGUUACGUUAA